AUGGCCGAUAACUUCCCCAAACCCGUCAACGCGGAAUCCAACCAAGCCGAAGCCAUCGUAGCAGACAACGCAACUUCAGGCAAGCCAGAUACCGCACCACAAGGACUUCGAUAUAUUCCCCAAGAGCGCGUAGACUCCCGAACCGACGAAGAAAUUAUCGAAUAUCUUCAAAAGAAACAUCCCGUCACUUCGGAAAAGAAUGUCUGGUACUUCUGGAAUACAGGCUGGAAAUCCAUGAAACCUUGGGUGCAGCGUGGAGUCAUUGCUUCUGUGAGACGCAUGGGAUCGGAGUGGACUGUACAUUUCACGGAUCUUGUUCCGGGGUCUGAGACGCAUGUUUAUAAUUAUAUUGAUGCGGAGAAGUAUCUUCCUGCUGUGUUUAGAGAGGGGAGGAUGGAUAGUGAAAAGGCGGGACAAUUUCAAGGAGAUCUUGUCCGACUACCGCUUCUCCUGGAAUACGGUGGUGUUUGGCUAGACGCCGGAAUGAUUCUUCUCCGCCACUUGGACGAUAUCUGCUGGAAGAAGAUUGAAGAUCCCAAUUCCCCAUAUGAACUGGCAGGAUUCCUACUUGCAGGCUACGAAAAUAAUGAUUUGACCAUGGCGAAUGGGUUCUUUGCAACUAGAGCCCAGAAUCCUUUUCUGCAGCGCGUUUACCAGGUAUAUCGAACGUUGUGGGAGGACGGAGCGACGAAUCAGGAUGGCUUUCACUUGCAUCCUUUACUACGACAUAUGGGAACGCUGCAUACCCCUAACAAGGAUAUCCCAGUGAGCUUCCCAGACAUGGGUCCCAUAACAGACUAUCUCUCCCAAACUUUCUGCAUCGAGCGAAUCCGACACCUAAUAGAUCCCAACGACGGAUUCAACGGCCCAGAAUACUGGGCCACCAAAAUCUUCGGAAUCGCCAUGCCGCAAGAAAUGUGGCGACAUCAAUUAACAACCCUCUGGAAUGGGAAGCGACAAUGGGAACUCUUCUCCAAAAAACGCAGUGGACCGGAUUGUGUCCAAGAUGCAGAUUGGUAUGAAGCGGAAACUUUGGUGCAUGAAAUUCUCAGUAAUUCCUCUGUUUUGAAAUUGUCGACGGGAUCUCCGGGGACGGAAGAAUGGUGGUUGGCUACGUAUUGGAAUAAGAAAGAGUAUGAGCAGGCGGAUAUUGAAGAGGGUACUUUUGCUGCGUAUUUGAGAUGGGGAAGUUGUCAUUUCGAUCAGAUUCGUGAACUUGCGCCGCUGAAGCUGGAAUUGGAGACGGAGAGGGUUUGGCGUGCUGGUGUGUUGGAGCCGGUUAAAGUUGAUGAAGUGGGAAAGUAG